GUUCUCCCACUUAAAAAGAUGAGAGAGGCCAGUAAUUUUCAUCAUAGUUACACUUCAACUAUGACAGACAAAAUGACGUCCUUCGUGUCAGGAAACCUGCAUCUGAAAAGAGAGAGCGCAGCGAAACAUCUCGCGGCGGUAUAUCCAGUGCAAAGAUCUGUACCUGUUGAGACAGGAGAAACCAUCAGGCACGGUGUCAGCAGCCUUGAGGCAGCAAGUGCUGCUGCCUGAGGAGGAGAAGAGGAGGCAGCUGAAAAUAAAGAUAAACACCGCAUACUUCAUUGCGAAAGAACAAGAACCUUUCGUCAAAUUUGGGCCGCUUAUCAGACUCCACCACAAAAACGGAGUUGACAUUAAUUCCACAUACGACAAUGAUGUAAGAUGUGCGGAGAUGAUCGGUCAAAUUGCUGACAUAAUGAGAGAGCCUGUCAGCGAAGCUGAAAGCCGCGAAGUAUCUUGCGGUUCUAAUAGACGGAGACUGAUAUAUCCAACACCGAAUGCGAGAUUGUCUGCGUACGCUUGUUGGAGGAUGGGAAGCCAGUCAAUCCCUUGGUCGGACAACAGACCCUUGAGCACUCUCAUGCCAUUGGUGAGUUGUUCCUCUUCAUAGGCUUUGUUCUUGUGUAAAGUUUAAUCAUUAUUCAUAAUGGAGAUAAUUUAGUUUGUCAGAAAUACUUUUGUAUGAUUGUUUUUUUGUGAUGUCAUUCGAGGUGUUUUGGAUGCUACCAAGGCCACAUUUUGUGCUGUUUGCCCAGAGGAGGAUGGAGGGUCAUGGAUGAAGAAGUGCAUCUCCUUCGGGGCAGAUCGUGCCUCCGUGAACAUGGGCCACCGUGGGGGAGUGAUUGCCCACCUGCAGAGAGAGGCGGGGGGGCAUAUAAUCCCAAUCCACUGUAUGCCACAUAGACUACAGCUGGCAAUACUGACCAUUCAGAAGAAAGAGCCAAAGGUGUCUGUCGUGUACGAUCUUCUGAAUCUGAUAUGGAAGACGUAUCACUUCAGCGGAAAAUGCAAACAAGAGUUCUAUGUUCUCGGGCAAGAGCUCGGUGUGGAUAUUUGCACACUGUCUAGCGUCAAGGGAACUUGCUGGAUCCCCCAUGUCCACAGAGCCCUCAAAAUGUUCCUACGGCAUGGACAAGACAAGGACCUUGCCACUGACGAAGGCCAGUGCACCGUUGUUCGGCAGCACAUGGAGCAUCUGGCCGUAGCAUCAACAACAGCUGAAGUUCAAGGGCGGUCAAAGGGAAUAACACUGAAGGGGAAUCUGAAAGGCUUCACGGACCUCCAGCUGAAUCCCCAGCUGAAGCAGCACAUGGAGGUGGCCAUCAACAUCGGCGUGGAUGAUCUCAAAGCCAGGUUUGGUGGUUUGCUGAAGGAUGAGGUUGUCCAGACCCCCAGUGGAGUCUUUCAGAGUGCUAAACCCUGACACAUGGCCAGAAGACCAGGCCAGCCUCCUCACCUUUGGCGAUGAUGGUGUGGCAUACCUGAUGAGGCAUUUCAUGGAGCCUCUAGAGAGAUCGGGGUGGAACAUGGUUGGAAUCCAGGAUGAGUGGCAGAGGCUGAAAAUCCUGGUCAGCCACAAUUUCAAGGACAAGUCCUACAGUGGCCUGUGGGAGACCAUGUUGACAAAGGACCCCUACAGGCACUAUUACAAGAACAUACUGGAGUUGGUGCAGCUUAUGCUGGUGCUGCCCAUUUCAGCUGCCCAGUGUGAGCUAGGCUUCUCUGCGCAGAAGCGGAUUAAGAAUUCGACAAGAAGCUGCCUUGGUCUCCACCACCGAAGACCUGAUUAGGAUCAGCCUGGAGGGGUCUUCUGUCAAGGAGUUUGAUCCCACUCCUGCCGCGGACCGCUGGCUGACCUCUAAGCGUGCCAGACGGCCAACAUACAAAAGCAGCUGGACAACUGAUAUCCUUUGCGUCAAGUAGGCAUGGGUCAAUGUGUGAUUUUGGUGGUAUGUGCUGUUCCACAGAUGUGUCCCUUAGUACACGCUCACACACACAGUAUAAAUAUGUAUGUAAUAAAUUGUUUGUUAAUAAACUCUGUGUUACAUUUCUCA